ACAGAACUGAUCUAGAUUUAAUAUAUCAGAACGGUUAAAGAGUGAAUUCACUUACCUGGCUGUUAGACCUGUAGACAACAAAUAUCAAGAUGUCAUUUAGUCCACUGCUGUACUUCAAGGAAUUGCCUAAACCAAACAUGUCAGGAGUUUGUUUAAUGCAUUCUGAACUGCAACUCCCCUCUCGUCUCUUGUGCUCUGUUUCAGUGCUUAAUUCAUGGCGAUUUUUAAGAGCUGGUGUUCAAGGCUUCCAUUUCACUAGUAUUGAGAAUAAUAUUUUGGCUUCAGCUGUAAUAGGAAACUGAUCAUAAUAGCAAAUACAGCUGUUGCUAAUUAAAUGUGUCUGUUAACCUUUAUUCCACAGGAUAAUUAUGUGUAGUCUGUGUUUCUUAAUGUCAUCUGUGUGUGUGUGAUAGAUGUCCUUUUACCAGCUAUAACAUGAGACUAGUUCAGUGAUAAUGUUUUCCUUCACGUGAUGCUUGCUGAAAAAAAAAAUCCUUUUCUGCUUUGGAAAGCUAUGGAUGUGUCAUACAAAUGGUGUCAAGUAAAUUAAAUUUGUCAGAUAAUGUUUAUGUUCCCUUUAUAGUAAAAUGUAAACCAUCACAGUUUCCUGGGAAGUAGUGAUGAGCUCGUCAGGGGACCUACUCCAGUGAAAUCUUUUUACUGCCAUAGAAGUGAUAGUUAAAAAUAAAGAAGGGGUGGGGGGGAGACCCACACCUGAAAAACAAAACCAAACUUCCUUGCAUUCUACCUGUGUGAAAAAGUCUGUCUAGCAGAGACUGGCAAUGGUUAAGCAUGGGACACAAGGUUCCUGUUGCUUAGGAGUUAACUUUUCGUUCAUGUUCAGAGCUGCACGCUCCUUUUUAAACAGUUUGUCAUGUUGAUGGAAAAUAAGAUAAAUUAAUGCAAGAGUAAGGGAACUGUGAUUGCUAGCAUUUCAUAACAUCUCACAAACAUCCCAUUUGUCGUGAGGGGGAGAUAAGCAAGGUAGAACAAGUAUGUUUCAAGUUCAAGUGAAGAUUUGCUUCUCAGUAAACGUAUAGGUUGCAGAACUUGCUUUUUUGCACUCUAGUUAUUCUUUGUGGUAUGGCCACUGUUAAUCUGCUGACUUGGCUAAAGAUCCCAUUCCCACAAAGUUGUAGGCAAAUACCCAUCAAUCCUCCCAGAAGCUGCCACCGACUGCACAGCCAGGCGCUGAAAUAAGAUUCCAAAGACAGUACGUACAGAAACAUGACUGAUGCCUGGCCCAGCUCUCCUGUUAGCAAUAUAAAUAAACCUGGAAGGCAUUUUUUUUUUUUUUUUAGAUGGUGGAUUUAGAGCUCAGAGUUUAUGCACCAAGAUGUAAUUGGAGGCAGAAGGCAAAAGCUUUGUAUUUGUAAAGUGGCCAGAUGUACCAGGGAAGAUGUCGAUUACUUUCCUAAAUACUGAAGCAUGGUUUGAAGAGAGCAUUUUGUUUAUUUUCCUAGAAAUACUUCUUUACAGAGCAGCUCCUAAGUAGCUGUGUUACCCUGUCCUAACAGAGUUCAAUGUGUUUUGGAAAGAUGAUAUGAGGAGCAAUCAGACUGGAAGAACAUACAACUUAAGUCUUGAAGAUUUUGACAUAACCUGCGUUGUCUUUUCUGAUGCACAUGAAGGAUGCACUUUUAAUGCACUUAGGUUCUCAAACUGGAAUUAAAAGCUGUCAUUCACCUGGAGCAAUCUGCCCUCAGCUGCCAAUUGUUGUUACAUAAAGGCUGAAGCAGAUAAUUUAGCCUUUUACAACCUUUUUUUGUAACAAAGGGUUGGGUGGCCACUAGAGGACACUCUGCUCAAAACCAUGAGUUGGGUCCACAGGGGGAGCGGGGAAGAGUUCAGCGAACUUGCUUGAAUUUUAAAGUGAUGUCAGGGCAAACAAGCAACAGAUUGCCUGAGAACUAGAUGCAGAAAACCUGCAGUAUAAUGCCCUUUUAUAGGUGGGAAAAAAUAUAAUUUUUACCAUCUAUGACAUGAAAUUUGUAAGUGAAACCCCAAAACCCAACACUCUCUCCCCCUGUGCUCAAGCGACAAAGAAUCUGAAGGGAGGAAAGAACUGGGGAGGUUUAAAUGUCACCCUUGUUAAGUACUGUUUUGUUAUGUUAAUUAUAUUGUAGUUUAUGGUAUAAAGCAGACGUGCAGGUUGAUGGGAAACUUGUGUUUGAUCUUCCAGGUAAUGUGGAGCAGUGCCAUGUUUGGAUUCCUCAAGUACCUUUAUAUCCUAAUAAGCAUUAAUGCCUCGCACUCAUUUAGGAUCCUGCAUAGUAGUAACUUAAAAUCUAAAGACAAGCUGUUUCCUCUCUAAGCUACUUUAUAACAGUAAAAGGUGAUUAAUUCAACUGGAAACAAGUCUUCCCUUUUGCAUCUCCACUUUGUCAUCCAACCGGAGAAACAAACUGAGGUCUGUGUUUCCUGGAGUUCAAAUUCAGUUGAUUUCAUUGUUUCUUUCCCUCUUCACCCCUCAAUUGCCUUUAAUUUCUCCAAAAUCCUGACAUUUUUCCAAAUGACAUCCUUGUAGAAAGAAAUUACACUAGCUAAAAGGUCUUUGAAAUGAAUCAGCUUUUACUCUGCAUAAAAAACUUUACAGAAUGCAUACAAUCAGGGUUUUUUUGUCUUUAUUUGCAGGUUAUUUAUCUCUGUUAGUGAUCUCCCUUUUAAAAUCACUUAUCUGUAGCACUCCAUGCUCCUGUCAAUGGUUGGAAACGUAUUUUUGUUGGAUGUUGUAACUACAUGUAAUAAGAGACAGCCUCUGUCCUAAAAAUCUUACUGCCUGAUACGUUUGACAGGCUGUUAGAUAAGAUGCUAUCCUUAGUUUGCAGAGAGUGUGCUAAGGCAAAAAUUUUGACAUAAAAAACUUGACCCUGGGCCAUCUGCAUCCUAGCUCAGCCUUGGAAAUACAGGGUCAUUUUUUGGUCAUUGUUCAUGAAGGUGCGUUCUGCAUGCCUUCAGAUAAAUGCCUGAGGAGAAGGUGAGGAGUUAACUUGCUGUUCAAAGUAAGAAACGAGGCAAAAAUAAAUCAAAAUUAAGAGUUUGCAUUUCAGCACCACAAUUAAAGAGGGGUGGGAACAGUCUGAUCUUCAAUGAUGUACAUAAUGGCAGAGAGGGUGGGCGGUUGGACUGUCAAACUGCCUUAAUUUAAUUGCAAACACAUGCUGAUGAGUCCCCUCCUCCUGGACCUCAGGGCUGGGAAACUUUUUUUUGUCAGCUCCCCGCAGUUCAGAAUUGAGGCAAAUACACUCCAGCAAACACCAUGCUGAUCAAAUCUUCAGCUCUUCGAGGCUUUUUGUGUUUUCUCCUCUUGCCUAGUUUCUCCUGCUCCUGUCCUAGUCGCUGCCUGUGCUUCAGGACUACAGUAAGAUGCAUGCAUCUGAUGUUGGAAACGAUCCCCGAUAUCCCACCCCAGACAAACAUACUAGAUUUACGUUUCAACCACAUCAAGGAGAUACAACCUGGAGCCUUCAGGAGGCUGAAGAACCUCAACACGCUGCUGCUGAACAAUAAUCAGAUAAAACAAAUUGUGAGAAGAUCCUUUGAAGAUCUGGAGAACCUGAAAUACCUCUACCUUUAUAAAAAUGAAAUUCAGAGCAUCCAGCAACACGCCUUCAACGGGCUCCGUUCUCUGGAACAGCUCUACCUGCAUUUCAACAACCUGGAAAGUCUGGAGUCGGAGACUUUUAGUGACCUGCCUAAACUUGAAAGGCUAUUCUUGCACAACAACAAGAUUUCCAGGAUUCAUCCAGGGACAUUCUCUCAACUGGAAUCCCUCAAACGGCUGCGGCUGGACUCCAACGCCUUGCUUUGCGACUGCGACUUGAUGUGGCUGGCUGAGCUGCUGAAGAAAUACGCUGAGCAGGGCAGUAUCCAGACAGCCGCCACCUGCGAGGCUCCUCGGGACCUGCAUGGGCGCUCCAUCGUCACCUUGACCGCCCAGGAGUUUAAUUGCGAGAGGCCUCGCAUAACCUCACAACCCCACGAUGUCGACGUCCUCUUGGGAAACACAGUUUAUUUCACCUGCAGGGCAGAAGGCAACCCAAAGCCUGCGAUUAUUUGGCUGCACAACAAUAAUGAGAUUGACAUGAAAGAUGACAACCGCCUGAACCUGUUGCAAGACGGUACCUUGAUGAUCCAGAAUACCAAGGAGUCGGACAAAGGCGUCUACCAGUGCAUGGCCAAGAACAUAGCUGGGGAGGUCAAGACGCAAGAAGUCGUGCUGCGCUAUUUUGGCACCCCAUCCAAGCCCACUUUUGUGAUCCAGCCGCAGAACACUGAAGUGCUGAUUGGGGAAAGCGUCACCUUGGAGUGUGGGGUCUCUGGGCACCCCCACCCUCGCAUCAGCUGGACCCUUGGCACAGGCUCUCCUUUACCGCAGGAUUCCCGUUUCGCUAUCACCAGCUCUGGAGGACUCUUCAUUCAGAACGUCACUUUCUCAGACCAGGGCCAGUACAACUGCAAUGCCAGCAACACCGAGGGAUCCGUCCAGGCGACAGCAAGGAUCAUAGUGCAAGAUUCUCCCAGGUUUCUCCUCAUUCCCACUGAUCAGACAGUAACUGAGGGACAAAGCGUGGACUUCCCAUGCUCUGCUGAGGGUCAUCCUCCACCCGUGAUUGCCUGGACGAGGGCAGGUGGGCCACUGCCGAAUGACCGGAGGCACAGCAUCCUCUCCACGGGUACCCUGCGGGUGAUGAGGGUUGCUUUGCAUGACCAAGGCCAGUACGAAUGCCAUGCCAUAAGUGCCAUCGGAGUGAGGACCCUCCCGGUACAGCUGUCGGUGACCCCACGAGUGAUACCCGUGUUCCUUCAUCCCCCCCAAGACGUGGUGGCAGAGACAGGCCAGGACGUUGCCAUUACCUGCACUGCCCAAGGAGAUCCACGGCCCACCAUAACCUGGGUCAAAGAGGGUAUCCAGAUCACAGAGAGCGGCAAGUUCCACAUAAGCCAAGACGGGACCCUUUCCAUUCAAGACCUCGGCGUGGCUGACCAGGGCAGAUACGAGUGCAUAGCCAGAAACCCCUUUGGCUUCACCUCCAGCGCUAUGCAGCUCACCAUCACUGCCACGGACGUCGGUCGGAGUGGCGACACGUUUGUAGCCACAUCAAUACGGGAAGCCAUCAGCAGUGUGGACCACGCCAUCAAUUCAACACGCACUGAGCUGUUUAGCAAACGCCCCAAGACGCCCAAUGACUUGCUGGCUCUCUUCCGUUACCCCCGGGACCCCUACACCAUUGAAACAGCCAGGGCAGGUGAGAUCUUUGAAAGGACCUUGCAGCUGAUUCAGGAACACGUGCAACAAGGUCUAAUCGUGGAUAUGAAUGUCACAGGCUAUCGGUACAAUGACUUGGUGUCCCCUCACUACCUGAACAUGAUUGCCAACCUGUCGGGCUGCUCUGCCCACCGCCGCACACCGAACUGCUCGGAUAUCUGCUUCCACAAGAAGUACAGGACCCAUGACGGCUCUUGCAACAACCUCCAGCACCCGAUGUGGGGUGCGUCUCUCACAGCCUUCCAGAGGCUCCUGAAACCCGCCUACCAGAACGGAUUUAACCUCCCCCGGGGGUUUUCCAUGGCAGAAGAUGCCAGGGACCUGCCCCUUCCUCUACCUCGCCUUGUCUCUACCGCCAUGGUCGGGACUGAGACCGUCACCCCCGAUGACCAGUUCACACACAUGCUCAUGCAGUGGGGCCAGUUUCUGGACCACGACAUGGACCAAACGGUGGCAGCCAUUAGCAUGUCCCGCUUCUCAGAUGGAGCACCCUGCAGCGAGGUGUGCAGCAACGACCCGCCUUGCUUCUCCGUCAUGGUCCCUGCUAACGACCCCCGCGUGAGGAACGGGCGCUGCAUGUUCUUUGUCCGUUCGAGCCCUGUGUGCGGCAGCGGGAUGACCUCCCUGCUGAUGAACUCUGUCUACGCCAGGGAGCAGAUCAACCACUUGACGUCUUACAUCGAUGCCUCCAAUGUUUACGGCAGCACAGAGCAGGAAUCACGGGAGCUGCGGGAUGUGAGCAGCCAAAAUGGGCUGCUGAAGCGAGGGCAAGUUGUGCCCAGCUCGGGGAAGUAUCUCCUUCCCUUUGCUGUGGGGCCACCCACCGAGUGCAUGAGAGAUGAGAACGAGAGCCCCGUGCCGUGCUUCCUGGCAGGAGACCACCGUGCCAAUGAGCAGCUGGGUCUCACGGCCAUGCACACGCUUUGGUUCAGGGAGCACAACCGCAUUGCCACAGAGCUGUCGGCCCUCAAUCCCCACUGGGAUGGAGAUCUCCUGUAUCACGAGGCACGGAAGAUUGUGGGUGCCCAGAUGCAGUAUAUCACCUAUGCCCAGUGGCUCCCCAAGGUCCUGGGGGAAGCUGGGAUGAAGAUGCUGGGUGAGUACAAAGGCUACGACCCCAAUGUCAACGCGGGGAUUCUCAACGCCUUUGCCACUGCUGCCUUCCGCUUUGGGCACACCUUGAUCAACCCCAUCUUGUACCGGCUGAACGAAACCUUCCAGCCCAUCCGCCAAGGCCACAUCCCCCUGCACAAGGCCUUCUUCUCCCCUUUCAGGAUCAUGCAGGAGGGUGGGAUUGACCCCCUCCUCCGUGGGCUUUUUGGGGUUCCUGGGAAAAUGCGCGUCCCCUCCGAACUCCUCAACAUGGAGCUGACGGAGAAACUCUUCUCCAUGGCACACUCUGUCUCACUGGACUUGGCUGCUAUCAACAUCCAGAGAGGGCGAGACCAUGGCAUCCCACCUUACAACGACUUCAGGGUCUUCUGCAACCUCUCAUCUGCACAGGAGUUUGAGGACCUCAGAAAUGAGAUCAAGAACUUGGAGAUCAGAGAAAAGCUCAGGAGUUUAUAUGGAACUACCAAAAAUAUUGACCUAUUUCCAGCACUGAUGGUGGAAGAUCUUGUUCCUGGUACCAGAGUUGGACCAACGCUGAUGUGCCUGUUAACGACACAGUUCAGAAGGCUGAGGGAUGGAGACAGAUUUUGGUAUGAGAAUCCUGGAGUCUUCACACCGGCGCAGCUGACUCAGAUCAGACAGACAUCCCUUGCUCGUGUCAUCUGUGACAACGGUGACCACAUCCAGCAGCUCCAGAGAGAUGUCUUCCGGGUGGCAUCGUACCCGCAGGGCAUGGUCGGCUGUGAAGAGAUUCCUGUGGUGGACCUCCGCUUGUGGCAGGACUGUUGUGAGGACUGCCAGACACGUGGGCAAUUCAGGGCUCUUUCUCAGCGGUUCCGAAGCAAGAGGUCUCCUGGCUUCAGCUACUCAGAGGAAAACCCUGCCAAGCAUAAGCCUGCCUUCCCCAGAAAUGAGGCGCCUUCUCCAAGCCCUUCCUCCAGAGAGAAUCUCGAGUCCCUUGUGGCUGAACUGGAGAAGACAGUUGCUUCCCUACGGAAACAGGUGAAUGUACUAGAGAGCCAGCUGAGGUGGCACCACAGGAACACCAGCACUCAUGGACAGGGGAAGAAGACUGGAGACAAAUGGAGAAAAAGAUGACCAUGUCACUGUUCGUAUAAGGUGCCCCGUGACCUGCACUCCCGCUCUCCACCAGCCAGUCCAACCCACUCCUACAGGGCUCAGAAAGCAGCCACGAGACCCCGCGAUGCUCUGCCUCCUCUCACACCUCCUGUACCGCUCCUUGUCCCAAGACGACUGUCCUUUUGCCUGUAUUGAACCCUCUGCACUGAUUGCCUAUGAGCCCCUCGGCCCCUGGACCGUUCCUGCCCUUUUCAGCCUCCCUGGGAUGGGCUCUGCCUUCUUUGAUGGGGACAGACCAGCGGUCUGCCGAGACGCCGCUUUCUUCCGCAGUCCCCAGGAAACGGAGAAUUAUUGAAGCUGCUUUAGUGCCACUGUUCUGCUCUUGUCCUCCUCCCACACAAUGCUGUCGUCAUCUACCUCCCCUUGUCUGAAAUGUCCCACGGGCACCCAACUGAAAGAAUUCAUUAAGAGGCAAAAUCUUUCUCAUAUGCACUGUGGUGCCAGGAAGCAUCUGGAGAAAUCUAAAAAAAAAAAAAAACCAAAAAAAACCAAACAAGAAACCCAAAACAGCCAUCUUCUCAUGCCAACAGAAGGAGCAAGAGGAACCUCAGGGCCCUGGCAAGCACCGUUUGGGCUGGGCUUGCCGUCCCUGCCAGCAGCGAGGAGGUGAACCCAAGGCCUGGGGAAGUCUCCUGGCUGUUUGGGUGCUUCAGGAUGGGAUGCCAGACACAGCAGACCGUGGCUGCCCCUGAUGCCCUGAUCAGCUGCUGUGUUUUGCCAGUCCUCGGGUAAUGAGUGGCACAUCCUGGGUUACGUGACCCUGCGAGUGACCUACCGUUACGUGCCCAGUGCUCAAAAACGUUUUCCUCGGCGUGACCUGCAUUCUCCAACUUUCUGCCCCUUUAGGGGUUUAAUUGGAUUUAUGUUUGUCUUCCCUUUUUUUUCCUCCUAAAAGGCUCUUUGCUGGAAGACGUAUUUUGAGUGUAAACGUAACAGGACCUGGAACAGAACCUCAGAUAAUUAGAUGUAAUGGGCGCUCUCAUUAGUGGAGGGGAGCUGCUGUUUUCUGUCAAUUAGUACGGGAGAACACUAUGUGCAGUAUUUGACACAUGGAUGAAUGCAAAGUGCUGUUUGUGUUUAUUGCUCCCAGGUGCUCUGCAGCUAAACCAGGACUAUGUAACCAGCUCUACUGAACAAGUCUUCUGGUUUUGUUGCUCUUUGGCGGUGCUUUUUAGUGGUGCUAGAACUAAGGUCCCUGUGUAUCCACCAUAGCCCCAAAUCUGUGGACAGAUCAGUUUUUAAUACAUCCUUGUUAGCUGGUCACAGGGACUAAAGAGAAAAUACUUGAUCCAUCAGAUAUCUGUGCCUUCCUUAUCUUUCUCACUUUUCCUACAUCCUCCCACCUUCCCUCCCACAGUGCAAGGACCAGAAACUUUUAUGAACAUGCUUUUUCUUUUCUUCUUUUUUUUAUUUUUAGGUGUUUUAUAGUAUCAAAGGGAUUCAAAGCAGCAGGGGUGCUCCUGGAACUUAAUAGGAAAAAUAAAAAAGAUACUAGAGAAAGGUGGUGAUUUAUCAGCUAUUUCCUGGCGUGGGACUCUGAGCUGUGUGUGCGUGUCCUGUGCAGACACAGGUUUGCAGUGAUGAGUGUGUUAUGCAUGUCUGGUAAGUUCAGCUCAGAGGCAGUAUUUAGUCCUCAGGGAUGUUUGUCAUUUUGAAGUACUCUUUCAUUUAGGUGCAAAUCAAGAUCCAAAGCCUUGUGUGUUAUAAAUCAGCUGCACUUGUCUAUUGCUUGUACCACUAGAGAACCUAAUCUGGCAAAGGUCAAUAAAGGUAAAUCAGUCUCCAGUCUCCUUCUGCAAACCACAAGUUUACCAAGUCCUCAUUCAAAACAGUAAGGCAUAAACGUUUGGUGCUUGAUCUAAUCAGAUAAUCUCUAAAUGCAUAACCAAGCAGCCCAUUUUCCUCCUGAUGGAGUGCGAGGUGAGGAGCAGACUUGCCAGAAGCGCUGCAGAAGGACAGCAGAGGGGGUGUCCCUUCCCCGUGUGUUGCAAACCUUUCUGCGCUCCAUCCUCUGUUCCCCUCCCCAUGCUGAAGUGGGAAAAAUACACAGAGAAAUUACACAUCCCUGCGUGCCGCCGAGGGUGACACUGUGUGCUGGGCAGGUGGGGGAAGAUCUUGGGGGAAUUACCCGUAUAUUCAGGUGCUACUUUGGUAAGUAGGGAGCAGAAUAUUUUAUUAAAGACUCCCUUUUUUCCUCAUUUCCAUCUGUGCAGCAACGUGCCAGGCAUGCUCACGGAGCGCUGUGUACUCCUGCCCUCUGUCCUGGGCUUCUCUGCCUGGGAGAGGGUGAGGAAAGAGCUGACCCCCAAACCCAGAUAUUGAAAUCCAGCUUUUGCAGGUUGUUUGGGCAUCAUGGGACACCCGGGACGCGGGACAUGGCAGGCCUAGAGCUGUUGACCCAGGGAUGGGUCCAGUUUGUUCCUCAUACACCAUACAGUUGCAGUCUGC